CCACCUAUAGGGGCUAUAGGGGGGCUAUGGGGUGGAACCUGCCCCCUAUAGGGGUUAUAGAGGGGCUAUGGGGCGGGAUCUGCCCCCCAUAGGGUCUAUGGGGGGGACACAGGGUCUAUGGGGCGUGACACGGUGUCCCCUUGUCCCCCCCCAGGACGAGUCCCCGUCGGUCCCCGACUUCCUGGAGGACGGUGACAGCAACGGGCCCUUCCCGCUGGAGGACCCCGAGGCCACCAGCUUCCCACCGCCGCCACCCCCAGGACCAACCACCACCACCAUGGAGCUACCACCGGGUGAGGAGGAGGAGGAAGAGGAGGAGGAGGAGGAGGUCCCCCGGCCCUACCGCUGCGGGGAGUGCGGCAAAGCCUUCGCCCAGAGCUCCAACCUCCUGAAGCACCGCCGGGUCCACACCGGGGAGCGUCCCUACCGCUGCGGCGACUGCGGCAAGGCCUUCGGCUGGAGCUCCUCCUUGCUGGAGCACCGCAAGGGCCACGCCGGCGCCAAGCCCCACGCCUGCGGCGAGUGCGGCAAGGCCUUCAGCCGAGGGUCCACCCUCCUGGAGCACCAACGGGUCCACACCGGCGAGAAGCCCUUCCGCUGCGGCCAAUGCGGCGCCCGCUUCAGCCAGAGCUCCACCUUGGUCCACCACCGCCGGACCCACACCGGCGAGCGGCCCUACGGCUGCCCCGAGUGCGGCCGGGCUUUCGGCCGCAAGUCCACCUUGGCCACCCACCGCCGGACCCACACGGGCGAGCGGCCCUACGGUUGUCCCGAGUGCGGCCGCCGCUUCGCCGUCAGCUCCGACCUGGCCAAGCACCGCCGGGGGGCCCACGGCGGCCACCGCUGCCGGGAUUGUGGCCAGCAGUUUGCCCGCCCGGCCGCCUUGGCCGGCCACCGGAAGAAGCACCAUGGUGGUGGAGAAGGUGGUGGUGGUGGUGGAGAACGUGGUGAGGUUGGGCAUGGUGGUGAGGAUGGAGAAGGUGAGGAUGGGCGUGGUGGUGAUGGUGGUCAAGGUGGUGAUGGUGGAGAACGCGUUGAUGGUGGUCAACGCGUUGAUAGUGGUCAAGGUGUUGAUGGUGGAGAACAUGUUGAUGGUGCUCAAGGUGGUGAUGGCGGACAAGGUGGUGAGGAUGGAGAAGACGCCACCACCACCACCACCAAGGACGGCGAUGGCGUUGAGCGCCCCCACCGCUGCGAGGAGUGCGGCCAAGCCUUCCGCCAGGGCGUCACCUUGCUCCUCCACCGCCAGACCCACGCCGGCGCCUUCCCCUGCCCCCUCUGCCCCCAACGCUUCGAAGGCAGCGCCCAACUGGCCCGACACCGCCGGCGUCUCCACGGGCCCUUGGCCAAACCCUACCGCUGCGAAGCCUGCGGCAAAGCCUACGCCCAACCGGCCGGGUUGAGGCACCACCAGCCCGACACCCCCUUGGGAUGUCCCCACUGCGGCGCCGCCUUCCUCUGGAGCUGCCGCUUGGCCCGGCACCUCCGCGCCUGCCGGCCCCGCGCCAAACCCUACAAGUGCCCCGAAUGCGGCAAAGCCUUCGGGCAGAGCUCCAAGCUCCUCCGCCACCAGGUCACCCACACCGGCGAGAAGCCCUACAAGUGCCCCGACUGCGGCAAGAUCUUCAGCCAGAGCUCCAACCUGGCCGAGCACCGGAGGACCCACGGGGCCGGCCGCCGCCACCUCUGCCCGCUCUGCGGCAAGGGCUUCGCCUUGGGCUCCUACUUGGCCAAGCACCGGUUGACCCACACCGGCGAGCGACCCUACCGCUGCACCGAGUGCGGCAAGACCUUCCGGCAGAGCUCCAACCUCAUCCAGCACCAGCGCACCCACACCGGGGAGAGGCCCUACACCUGCCCCCUCUGCGGCAAGAGCUUCUGCCAAAACUCCCACCUGGCCAAGCACCGGCGCACCCACACCGGCGAGCGGCCCUACCGCUGCGGGGACUGCGGCAAGAGCUUCCGGCAGAGCGCCAACCUGCUGGAGCACCGGCACACCCACACCGGCGAACGGCCCUACCGCUGCGCCCAGUGCGGCAAGACCUUCGGAUGGAGCUCGGCCUUCAGCAAGCACCAGCGCACCCACCUCGGGGGCGGGAGGCCCCCCAAGCCCUACCGCUGCACCGAGUGCGGCAAGACCUUCGGGCAGAGCUCCAACCUCAUCGAGCACCAGCGGACCCACACCGGGGAGAGGCCCUUCACCUGCGGCCAGUGCCAGAAGAGCUUCAGCAGGAGCUCCACCUUGGCCGAGCACCUCCGGACCCACACCGGGGAGAAGCCCUACGCCUGCCCCGUCUGCGCCCGCGCCUUCAGCAGGAGCUCCACCUUGACCGAGCACCGCCGGACCCACACGGGCGAGACCCCUUACGCCUGCCCCGAGUGCGGCAAGACCUUCGGCCGGACCUCCAACCUGGUCAAGCACCUCCGGACCCACACCGGGGAGAAGCCCUACGGCUGCGGCCGCUGCGGCAAGACCUUCAGCCUCAGCUCCAACCUGGUCAAGCACGAGAGGACCCACACCGGGGAGAAGCCCUUCUCCUGCGGCCAGUGCGGCAAGCGCUUCAAGAAGAAGACCCACCUGGCCUCCCACCAGAGGACCCACACCGGGGAGAGGCCCUACCGCUGCGGGGAGUGCGGGAAGAGCUUCGGGCAGAGCUCCACCCUCAUCGAGCACCAGAGGACCCACACCGGGGAGAGACCUUUCCGCUGCGGGGCCUGCGGCAAGAGCUUCUGCGUCAGCUCCAACCUGGUCAAGCACCAGCGCAUCCACACCGGGGAGAAGCCCUAUGGCUGCGGCCGCUGCGGCAAGCGCUUCCGCUACAAGCCCCAGUUCACCCGCCACCUGAAGGUCCACCCCGACGGGGACCCGGCCUGCGGCCCGUAGCGGGGCUUGGGGGGGCUCUCGCCAGGAAGAGAUGGGCACCGGCAUCUCCGUGGUGGGCUCCAUCGUCGUGGUGUCACCACCAGGACCCAGUGAAGGAGGUUGGGAGCAUGACGUGGUGCCACCACGCUGUGGUUGAACCUGGUUUGUGGCCUGUAGGAGGUUCAGAGAUGGACGGUGGGCGCUCACCAGGAAGAGAUGGGCACCAGCAUCUCCAUACCAUGGUCCAUCGUCAUGGUGUCACCAUCAGGACCUAACGAAGGGGCUCAGGAGCACAAGAUGGUGCCACCAGGCUGUGGUUGAACCUGGUUUGUGGCCCGUAGGAGGUUCAGAGGUGGAUGGUGGGUGCUCACCAGGAAGAGAUGGGCACCAUACCAUGGUCCAUUGUCAUGGUGUCACCAUCAGGACCUAGCAAAGGAGGUUGGGAGCACAAUGUGGUGCCACCAG